AACAUUCGAAUUUUAGUUUUCAAACUGCGCAGUCGCAACCGCAAAUUAAAAAAGGAACAAAUCGAGAGCGAAAUAGGAUAAAUAUAGUGUCGUGUAACUAGAACAUUUCCGUAAACGUUUUUGGGCAUUUAUGGCUUUGCAAUAAUUCGCGAGCUUGUUGAGCAGCAACAAAAAAAAAAACAAAAAAAAACAAAAAAAAACGCAAUUCAUUGCCAUUGGCAACAACAAAGUAGAGCCGAAAAAAGGGAAGCGUAGUCAAAGCAAGUGGCGAAAAAAACGAAAAAACGACGAAAGGCAUUCCGAAAAUUAACAGGAAGAGCAAAAGUCUAUGCUUUUUUUUGGAAACCAUACAAGUGGUGACAUACAGACUUUUCUCUUAAAUAAAAAUAAUAAAAAACCCAAAGGAAAACAGCUAAAAACAAAUUCUGCAAAAUAUCCGAAGCAGCAAAAGGUCGUAGAAAAAUCUUUUGAGUGAAGAAAGCGUUGUGGAAAAGCCCUCAAGAUUCAGAUAAAGCAGGAAAUGCACGCGCUUCAGGAGGGCGCCACUAUGCUGCACCGCCAGCAGCCACCGCCGCCCACUUCUGGCGAGGAUCACCUGCUCACCGCUGAUAGUUUCUUUUACGCACGCAGCAAUCCCAUGGAGAAUGCGGCCGCAGCAGCAGCCGCCGCAGCAGCGGGCCUGAUUGAUCCGCACCACAAUCGCGAUCUCCACCAGGCGCUGGUGGCAUCGAUAGCCAACAAUGGUGUGGCCGCCAUCGGUGGUGGCCUGACCACGGCGGCGGUCCUGAAGAGUGCCGCCCAGCAGUCACAGCAGGCGGUGCAACAGAACCAGAACGCCGUGGUGGUGGUGCCACCUGGACAGGAUCAGCCCAAACAGGAGCAGGCCCAACAGGCGGCACUGGCGCUGCUCAAGGAGAAUGUCAAUGCCUCCGCCGGUGCGGGACAGAACAACGGCCAGCCGGCCAUGGGGGGCAGCAACAAGAGCGGCUCCUCUGGCAGAUCCACGCCCAGCCUGAGCGGAGGCAGUGGCUCCGAUCCGGCACCCGGCAAACUCUUUGUCGGCGGCCUCAGCUGGCAGACGUCGUCCGACAAGCUGAAGGAAUACUUCAACAUGUUUGGCACCGUCACCGAUGUGCUCAUCAUGAAGGAUCCCGUCACCCAGCGCAGUCGCGGCUUUGGUUUCAUCACAUUCCAAGAACCCUGCACCGUGGAGAAGGUCCUCAAGGUGCCCAUUCACACACUCGAUGGCAAGAAGAUCGAUCCCAAGCAUGCCACCCCAAAGAACCGACCUCGCCAGGCCAACAAGACCAAGAAGAUCUUCGUGGGCGGCGUCUCGCAGGACACCUCCGCCGAGGAGGUCAAGGCCUACUUCAGCCAGUUCGGACCCGUCGAGGAGACGGUUAUGCUGAUGGACCAGCAGACGAAGCGCCACCGCGGCUUUGGAUUUGUCACCUUCGAGAACGAGGAUGUGGUCGACCGCGUCUGUGAGAUUCACUUCCACACCAUCAAGAACAAGAAGGUCGAGUGCAAGAAAGCACAGCCCAAGGAAGCGGUCACUCCGGCUGCCCAGCUCCUCCAGAAGCGCAUUAUGUUGGGCACCCUUGGCGUUCAGCUGCCCACAGCUCCUGGCCAGCUGAUUGGAGCUCGUGGUGCCGGCGUGGCCACCAUGAACCCACUGGCCAUGCUCCAGAAUCCCACACAGCUACUGCAAUCGCCGGCAGCAGCCGCUGCCGCCCAGCAGGCCGCCCUCAUAUCACAGAAUCCAUUUCAAGUACAAAACGCCGCCGCAGCAGCCUCGAUGGCCAAUCAGGCUGGCUUCGGCAAGCUGUUGACCACAUAUCCGCAGACUGCGCUGCACAGCGUCAGAUAUGCACCCUACUCGAUCCCCGCCAGCGCCGCCACUGCCAACGCCGCCUUGAUGCAGGCUCAUCAGGCGCAAAGCGUGGCCGCCGCUGCCCAUCAUCACCAGCAGCAGCAACAGCAGCAGCAUCAUCACCAGCAGCAGACCCACAAUGCCCAUGUGGCCGCCGCCCAGCAGCAGCAGCAGAGCCACCACAGCGCCGUCUCGAAUCCCGCUUCGCAGGCGCACUCGGCAGCAGCGGCUGCCGCCCUGGCGGCCAAUGCUGCGAAUGGGGCGGGUGCCGCUGGAGCCCACAGCCUGGCCGCUGCCGCCCAGCAAGCUGGCUUAAUGGCCGGCAAUCCCCUGAAUGCCGCUGCUGCCGCCGCCGCCGCUGCUGCCAAUCCGGCGGCUGCCUACUCCAACUAUGCGCUGGCCAACGUGGACAUGUCCAGCUUCCAGGGCGUCGAUUGGAGCACCAUGUACGGCAUGGGCAUGUACGUCUAAGACGCGCGUUUUGUUUGGUAAUUUGAAUGAAACACUCUCACCAUGCAUACACCAUACACUAUACACCACCACCACCACCCUACCACACCCACAUGUGAACACCACCCCUAGUAAUAGAUCCAUACGAAAUCCACAUGGCCCCAAUCCAUUAAUAUUCAUAGAACCACACAGAAACACACUCAUAUGAAGUUGGUUUUCCUUUGAGUUUGGCUAAGUUAGUAGUCCGAUACACGGAAGGCAAAUUAAGUAUUAUAUUUAAGGCGCCCCCGGGCGAGUUCAAUAAAUACUAACUAAUAUAUAUAUAAAUAUAACAAAUCAUAAGCAAUAUAAGCGAGAAAAAAAGAACAAAAACGGAAGCAAAGCAAAGCGAAAUCAAGGAAAAACAAAAUUCAAAACCAAAAAGCAAAAAUUACGGAGCGUUAGAGAAGCAAAAGAAAGAAGGAAAACACAUUAAAAAACCACCGAUUGUGAUUGCGUUUAAAUGUAGCCGUUAAUAUAUAAUUUUUAGUGCAUAAAAGAAAACCAUUAAACCUAAACCUAAAUUAAAAUAAACCUAAAUAAAAACAAAACGUAAAUAUAUAAAUAUACAUACAUAUUUAUAAAAUGCAAGAGCAAGGAAUGAAUCUUAUAAGUUAACUCAAGAAUGGCGCUCACUAAUUAAAGAUCGAAAAAUUGUUCAUUUUUCUGGAGCCCUAAACUCAGCUGAAGUGAAUGAGAAACUCCUGCAAGGGCAGUAUUAAUUAAUUGAAUGAAACAGCGAUUGAAAACGUUUUGCUCAAGACAAAGAAUUAUUAAUUAUUGUUUAAAUCAGCGAUGAAACCCUAAAUUAGACUAUUAUUUUAGACGUUUAGUUGAGUUCGAAUUUAAUUCACCCAGCAUAGAAUACAACAACAACAGAGUUAACCAAUCACUAACGAACAUCACCAAACUCACCAACACGAAAACUCUCUACUCCUAUAUCCUAUUUCUAUCUUCCAAAAUCUCUUCUGUGUACUUAAUUAUAAUAACAAUUACAAAUACCACAACGAACUAAACAAAAUUUCGUUGUGUUUUAUGUGUGCGACUCUUAUUUGAUUUAGUUUUAUAACAAGUUUAGUCUGCACUCAAUCUCAACCAUUUGUAGCAAGUAACUAAAUAACAUUUGUUGAACAUUUUGGCAUUUGCAUAUUCUUAUUAUUAUACUUUCGAGCGACGAAAAGUUCUCAAGACUAGCGGCUUCAUUUAUAGUUCUUAAGAUAUUAUACCGAGAACGAGUCCUUAGGGCACUACUAAUAUUUUAGACCUUCUUCACCCCUUUUCUGAAUCAUUUGCAUAACCAUCCAAACAGCUCAUGAACCAGGUAACAUUACUCUACUGUAGCUUAUUGUUUUAAAUGGCACAAUCUUAGUUAUUAAUAUUAUUUUGUAAUUACCCUUAUAUGUAGCAUUUGCAUUUGAUUUUGCAUUCGGCAAAUACUUCACCCAUUGAAACCAAGAAUAUGAUCGAAAUAAGAAGAGAACCCGGAGCAGAUGCUCCUGGAUAGUUAUGUAUUUGUCUCAUUUGAAUCGCUUGCAUGCUUGAAGUUUAAUUUUAGUUACUAGUUAUCAUUUGGAAAGUAAUAUUUUGCGUAUGUAAAUAUCUAGUUUAUAUACAUUACACACAAACAAGCACACACAAACACCACACACACAUUAUAUGGAAAACAAUGAAACAUUUGAAGUAAUUUUUGUGUUUAAUAAAAACCAACGAACAAAACAA